UUGCUGAAGCCAUGGCCUAUUUUCAUUCUCAGUCCAGACCUGUGUCCAGUGGGAGAGGGCAGUUUGGGCAAAUGCAGUAGUUGUGUGGCACCGAGCAGCAGUGAGUUGCAUUGAGUUGCAGCGUGUGGAAGGAAUGAGGGAAAAGAGGAGGAAAGACGCCGUCUGGUUACACCCACCCUCCAGCUCCUGCUCGGCCAGCCUGGGCAGGGAGAAUGCUCAGUUAUCCGCCUCCUCUCACUCUGAGCAGCAUCCCCGGGCUGGGGAAAGUUACAACACAGAAAGCAGCAGGUGCAGGACAGGCUUCAGGCUAUUGUGCUCUGUGUGUGUCUCUGGCUGCUAACGAGCUGUGCGAUUUCCCUGCCAUUCCUGUCCAGCCGGAUCGCUGCAUUCGCUGCUAAGUUAUGGAUCGCCAGGACUGGAUGAGCGUUCGCUCCCCUGAGCUGUGAGGGAUAAUACGCGGCGCCUUUGGGAAUUACUGCGGCCCCACACCCAGUGGCUGUUGCUCAGGUGCAGCGUUAUUACGCGAACUGCAGCACUUCCCAAAGUCACUUGCCCGGCUGCUCAUUCCCCUUGCCGGACAGCUCUCCAGGAGGACUGGGCGACGUUAAAGCGCUGGUGGAUAGAGGUAUUGGGAAUCGCUGGAGCUCACGCUCAGUACACGGAGCUGCUCACUGGAAGCGGCGGCAGAUGACUUGCAUGAAGGUCACUAGUGAGCGCGGCACCUGUAUCGGUCCAUUAGGCUCAUCGGAGAGCAAACAAAGGGGAGGAGGAGUUGCUGGAUAUUUCAGAGGAUAAGUUCUGGUCACUUUGCUGCUGGGAUCCAGGCAGGAGCCAUGUCUCAGCCGGCGGAGAGGAUUCACUCGAAGAAAGCGGGGAUACGGGCGGCCGUGGUGCUCAUUGGCUUACUGCACAAGUCACGGAAACAGAACCGGGAGAGAAGGAAACAGGAGCUGUCCAACGCUUCAGACGUGACCCUUCCUGAUCGUCCCGUAUCGCCACCCGCCACUGCUCCUCCAACCAUGAAGUCGGCCGAGUUCUUUGAGAUGCUGGAGAAGAUGCAGGUUCCAAAACUGGAAGAGCAGAAAAGUGGAAGCCAGAAAAAUAAGGACAGCUACAUACCAUAUCCAAGCAUCGAUGAGAUCCUCGAGAAAGACACACCUUAUCCACUUGUUAUCCUGCCUCAGUUUGGCGGUUACUGGAUAGAAGAUCCUGAAAAUAUCAGCACCCCAACGUCAUCAGACAGCAGCAUAUGUGAUGAUGAAGAAGAGCCAAUGAGCCCCAGCACCUACGGAUAUAAACUUGAAUACAAAGGCUCUGCUCGAGCUUAUAGAAAGCAUUUUAUGGGCAAGGAUCAUUUGAACUUUUACUGCACGGCCAGCAGUCUAGGAAACUUGAUACUUUCAGUUAAAUGUGAAGAAUCUGAUGGCAUUGAAUAUUUGCGAAUAAUACUCAGGUCCAAAGCAAAAACUUUACAUGAACGAAUCCCAUUGUCCGGGUUUAGCAAGCUUCCCAGCAUUCCCCAGAUUGCUAAGGCAUUGUGUGAUGAUGCAACUGGACUGAAAUUCAAUCCCGUUCUGUACCCCAAGGCUUCCCAGUUAAUUGUUGCUUAUGAUGAACAUGAAAUUAACAACACUUUCAAGUUUGGGGUUAUAUACCAGAAAUUUAAGCAAACAUCAGAAGAAGAAUUAUUUGGCAACAGUGAAGAAAGCCCUGCCUUCAAAGAGUUCAUGAAUUUACUUGGAGACUCGGUGUUACUCCAAGACUUCAAAGGGUUCCGUGGAGGACUUGAUGUUGCACAUGGACAGACCGGCACAGAAUCCAUUUACACUGUGUUCAGAGACAAGGAGAUCAUGUUUCAUGUGUCUACCAAAUUACCGUUCACUGAAGGAGAUACACAGCAGCUGCAACGGAAAAGACACAUUGGUAAUGAUAUUGUGGCUAUUAUCUUUCAAGAGGAAAACACCCCUUUCGUGCCAGACAUGAUUGCAUCUAACUUUCUGCAUGCUUACAUUGUUGUGCAAGUUGAAAACCCAGACACCGAUAUCACAACGUACAAGAUAUCUGUGACUGCCAGAGAAGAUGUGCCAUCAUUUGGGCCUCCACUGCCAAAUCCCCCAGUAUUUCAAAAAAAUUCAGAGUUCCGUGAAUUUUUGCUGACCAAGCUCAUUAAUGCAGAGCACGCAUGCUGCAAGUCGGACAAGUUUGCUAAGCUCGAGGAUCGGACAAGGGCAGCACUCUUGGACAACCUUCAUGAUGACCUUCAUGUACAUACACAAGCGAUGCUAGGCCUGGGCCCAGAGGAAGACAAGUUGGAAAACGGUGCUCACGGUGGAUUCCUGGAGUCAUUUAAGAGAGCAAUACGAGUUCGCAGCCAUUCCAUGGAAACUAUGGUGGGAAGUCAGAAGAAACACCAGUCUGCCGGGAUCUCCGGAAGCCUCAGUGGAGGAAUCGUUCAUACAAGUGCCGAAAUCACCAAAACCACCUUCUCGCCUCCUGCUGUUGUCACAAAGACACAGUCUAAGAGCCCAAUAAAAAGGAGAUCCGGUCUAUUCCCUCGUCUGCACACAGGAACAGAAACAACAGAAAGUCGGGCUCGAAGCGACAGUGUCACUACCCCACAGAAAACCACUGAUGCUCCAUCUACCACCCAGGAUGUAAAAUCAGAAACCUCGUCUAACCCCAGCUCCCCAGAGAUAGGCCCCAACAAAGAAAGGCCCUUCAGCAAACUGAAAGAAAAUGGAAAGUCCAAUAUCUCCCGUUCUUCAUCCAGUACAAGCAGCUUUAGCAGUACAGCGGGGGAGAGUGAAGCCAUGGAAGAAUAUGAGAGCAUGGGCAGCCAACCACUGACCGCAUCACCCUUCAAACAGGAAGUUUUUGCCUACAGCCCCUCACCCAGCAACGAAAACCAAGCUGCCACUACCCCUGUAAUCAUGAGCAGGAGCCCAACAGAUAUAAAGAGCAGGAAUUCCCCAAGAUCGAACCUCAAAUUCCGUUUUGAUAAACUCAGCCAGUCAAGUUCUGGCUCAAGUACAUGAGCCGGCAUUUACUUGAGGCGAAUCCUCAGUCUUCAUUUCUACACCUGUAAAGGUAUAUUCACAAGUUCCACAGAUAGUUACUGCCACGAUCCUUGAAUGGAUAUCUUAAAGAACCAACCAGUUCCCAAUGAUUUGACGAAGGAACUGCCAUUUUAGCGCACUCCCUGUGUCCAGUGAAACUUGUCUCGUGAAGCAGAGUUCAUAUCUGUCAAUCUAAUCCAUUUCGUCAAAAUGUCUCUCUAUAUUUUUUUUUCAAUGUUCAUGGAGGGUAGAAAGCCUUGUUACCUUGAUUUGCACAAUCUUUUUAUUCAGCGCCACAUAUUUAUUCUCCCUGUGCCAAUUUCUGGAAUAGAUGUCAUGAAAAGAUGAGCGUGCGCUCAGUGUCUCACCCUAAAUUUGGAUUUCCUGUAUAGAAAUGGAUCUUGAAUUCUGAUAAAGUGGUUAUAAACCUGUUGCUUUUAUGCCUGGCUGGAUCCUACUUGAAAAUCUUCCUGUGGCCUGUGCCAAGCUCUUUGCUGUUUCCUGUAUUAUUGUGCUGGUCGGCAUGCUGGAGACAGGUUCAAACAUGGCUGCAUAUUUGUACAUGAAAAUGCCCCUGAAUGUU